CCUCCGAGUAUUGUCAAAUGUACCGCCACGGGCUUUUCAUAUUAAUGUAAAUCAAAGGCUCCCACUUCCCAGGAUGGACAAUCUCCCCCCAUCUGGAUUUCAGUUUGCAGGGGAAGACUAUGGGCCUGUGGAUUUCCCUAACUCACUCCCUAGUGAGAUGCAAGCUGGAAUGACAUUUGCUGGUGGGGGGCCUGUCUUUCCACAAAACCAGAGGGGGGGCAGCUAUGGCAUGUCACCUUUUCACAUGAACUACUCCCAGCAGGCCAGCAUGCCCUCCAUGUCUAGUCUACCUGCCAGUUCAUUCAGAAGCAGAUUCUCUGAUUACCCACCUGACCAGGGGCCACACCUGCCAAUGCCCCUGCCCUCGUCUGGACCCGGCAUGAUAUCAGACAGGCUUCCCAGUUUUAGCACCAUUGUUUCCAGCAGUGGUGCCAGCAGCAGUGAUAUCGGCAAGGGCACACAGGCGCUGUACUCAAGCAUAUCAGGCCAGCAGCAUGCAUUCCAGUCCUCUGGGUCCAGGGGUCACCAGGGUCAGUUUGACUCCUCCCCCUAUGCCGACCAGGUGACAGGCAAAAACUACAGUAAAUCUCCAUCCCACGGCUCCACCUCUCCGGGUAUGGGCAGUAACAGCUACAUCCCUCAUUCCUCUCUCCUGCAACACUCCUCACACAAUGGCAGCAGCCUGCAUAUGACCUCACACUCGCCCAGGUCAUACAAGGACGAGGCACCAAACCAACAGUAUCUGUCCAGUGCUGUCCAUCUUGACCGGCACAGCAUUUACAGUCAUGGGGGCAUGUCUCAGACUGAAAGUAUGACCAUUCCUAAAUUCAAGCAUAAAUACCUCUCCCAUAGCCAACCCGUACCCAGAAGACAGUAUGGCCCUUUUAAAUUUUACAUAGUUGGUAAAACAGAGAGACCAUCUGUAUUCAACAAAUCAACACAGACCAAUGAUGAGCAGAUGGGGGAGUUAAAAAUCAAAAUUCCAAAGGCUGAAAUCUACAAAUCUGAAUCAGAAACUGAGUUCUCUGAUGAUGAAAGAAGGCAACAAAUAAUGCAAAACCAGGCCAAUCAUGGGGGCACCCCGCGUGGAUCCCCUCGUAUUACAUUCCCUUAUGACCCCCUUCCAGCACACAACGUGGACUACCGCGAUUACAACAAACACUCCAAAAUAAAAACAAUCAUUUCUCCAAGCUUCUUGGAUGCUGCAGGGAAAGCUACAAUGACCACGUGUGUGUCCAACAAAGCUACCAUAGUGACUGUGGGCAUAGUUAGCCGACCAUCCAACCUAGGGGGGCCAGAACCAACAGACAGUGCACACCAUAAAGCUAUUAUGUCCACGGGUAACUCUCAAGUCUUUAGAUCUCCAAAUAAACAAUACAGCCCUAGGUUGGGCAAUGAUAUGAAUAGCAAUGGUGAUCAUAGGAUAGAAUCUGAGGAGCAACUGAUUGAAGAGAGAAAAGCUAAAGCCAGGGACUUGGAGCAGGAGAGGAUGGAGGUGAGUGUGCGGAUAGAUGACACCCAGUAUGUUCAGGUGGGGAAUGUGAAACGCUGGCAGUGCAAUGAAUGUGACAAGUCUUACACCACAAAACACAACCUGGUCAUGCACGUGCUGGACCACAGCGGGAUCAAACCCCACCUGUGCCUCAAGUGUGGGAAAUACUUCAAGCAGCUGAGCCACCUCAACACCCACAUGCUCACCCAUGACCAGAUCAAGCCUCACACAUGCAACAUGUGCGGGAAAGGCUUCACACAAAUCAGCCAUUUGAAACGUCACACUGCGGUCAGUGAGAAAAAUGGCUACUGUGCCAAUUUACGGUCUAAGCAUCCAUCUGGACAUUCUCCAUCAUCUUCUCAGCAUGAAGGUCCAAUGACAAUGCAUACAGCGCCCACUGGAGUAAAGCGCUUUCCAGAUCAGAACCACAGCUUUGAAUCUGAAUUUGAUACAGAGGAGAUGAAAGAUGGGGACAAGUGCAAUAGCAUGGGCAAGUUACUGUGUCGUUACUGUGAUCGCAAGUUUCGGUACCCAAGCCAGCUCAAAGAUCACAUGCAGUCCCACAAUGGGCACAGACCUUACAUGUGUACAGAGUGUGGGAUGGACUUUAUGAAGGAACAUCAUUUAAAAGCUCACCAGUUCACACACACAGGCCUGAAGCCUUACACUUGUGAUUCAUGCGGCCGCUCAUUCAACCAGCGGGCCAACCUGCAGAGACACAAGCUGAUCCAUGAGACGACGCGCACCUUCAAGUGUAACAUCUGCUCCAAACUCUUCACCCAGCCACAGACGCUCAAGGCCCACCAAGUGGUCCAUGCGGACAGAAAACCUUUUGAAUGUACAAUAUGUGGCAAAGAGUUUGGUCGUUAUCAUAAUCUACAAGGGCACAUGCAUAUGCACACAAACACAAAGCCAUAUGUAUGUUUCUGUGGUAGCACAUUUACUCUGAAAGGCAACCUGAAUAGGCAUAAGAAGGUAAAGCAUGGGUUAAAUGAGACAACAGAUGUUAUGGAAGAAGAUGCUGUCAACUUCCUGAGUUCCCUGUCAGAGAGGGCCAGAGAUGAACAUAACGCUGAUGGGGAGGCAGACAGCCCAGGCUCUGGUGGGGAAAGUGGGGAUGGGAAAUCUGGACGCAAAGGCAGGAAAUCUAUUCCAAGAAAAAUAACCCAUGGAGAGGAAGAAGGGGCUUUUGUGCAGCCAGCACAACCGCCGCCACCUCCCCUUCCUCCUCCACCACCUCCACCACCAUCUUUACCCACACCAGCCCCAUCACAGCAACCUCCACCCCCACCACAGGUUGUCAGCAGUGAAAUGGUGCAGCGUGCUGUACCCACACCAGUGGGGCAAAAACCUUUUGUCAUCCAGAACCCUGAUACUGAUGAUGAAAUUGAUGAGGACGAUGAAGAGGAUGAUGAAGAUGAUGAGGACGAAGAGGAGGAGGGAGAAAUACCCAACCCUCCUCCUGUUCUGAGUAGUGAAAAAAUACUGACCAAUGAAAGAAUCGCGCCAGUAGCAUCUGUGAUGAACUUUCAGCCUUUGAAUAUGACCAGCAACCAGGAACCUGAGUCUUUGAUAAAACCAGCGCACAAGAAGCCCAGGGAGGAUGUAUCUGUGGAAGCUGAUAAAAGACCACGGCGUCAGUCUCAGCGACGCUCCCCUAAAAUACACACCAGCGAUAUGGAGCAGUCGGACAGUGAGGAGAAUGAAAUGGAGGCUGAUGUUAAUGACAACACUGACACUGACUGGACACCUGGGUCUAGGAGAAAGGUCAGGUCUAAGUCUGACACACCUGUCCCACACUGACUGGACACCUGUCCCACACUGACUGGACACCUGGGUCUAGGAGAAAGGUCAGGUCCAAGUCAGACACACCUGUCCCACACUGACUGGACACCUGUCCCACACUGACUGGACACCUGGGUCUAGGAGAAAGGUCAGGUCCAAGUCAGACUCAGGUGAGAAGGCCAAAGUCUGACACACCUGUCCCACACUGACUGGACACCUGGGUUUAGGAGAAAGGUCAGGUCCAAGUCAGACACACCUGUCCCACACUG